CAGUACUCUCGCGCCCGCGGACACGCGACGCACGCUCUCCGCCGCGUCGUCGUCGCCGUCGUCGUCGUCGUCGUCGUCGGCCGUUCGUGGACCGAAAGACUCGCCGAGGGGGUUGUAUCCACGGGAACGCCGCCGUCCAACGUCGCGGCUCGACGCGCCACCGGUGGUCAGUCCUGCCUCCUCUUCUACUUUCUCCUCCGUCCUCCGAGAGGAUGCUAUUCGGCUGCCAGCAAGACAGGAGGAUCCUUGGAUCUCGCGCGCGACGAGUCUCACCCGCUACCGCUCGCUCGAUGCACUUUUCUCUCAACUUCCUGCCGUGAUACGUCCGAGAGGAUAAGCGGCGCACGAGACAGAGCAUGAAAUCUUCGAGACGUCGCGCAUGAGAGUAUCGCGCUGGAGCGUUUUAAUUAAAGAGCAUCGAAGACUACCGGCGCCGGUGUUCGGGAGGAAAAAAGAGUCGAUUCCUAUCCCGCGUGCAUAAAGUGCGAUUUCCUGCGUGCGGCUAUGCGGGCUGUCUGAUAGAACGUGAUCGAAUCGGAAGGGAAAGGAAGUCACGGUCAGGGUGCAUUCGAGACUGCUGGUAAAUCAGGAGACCGUGGAUGCAGCCGGGGGCCGGAACCGGCGGGGCCCAAGUGGGCGGGACAGGUGACGACGAGGCGCCGAAGGACCCGGGUGCACGGAUCACCCAUCAGUCUUACACUGAAAAAGAUUAUGAAGGUCACAGGGCGCAUACGGUGUACGUAGGCGUCCACCUGCCGGGGGAGAAGAGGCACCGCCGUCAUCAUAAACACCAUCAUUCACAGCGGCAAUCGUAUCCCUGCGGUAAGGAGGAUGUCGACAGCGAAAGACCGAGGCAAUUGUUGAUGGCGCGCAGAGGUCGUCUCGCUAGCAUCUGCGACCCCGCCGGCGAGAUGAUAUUCACCCCGCCGGCGCAGAGGGUGCAGUUCAUCCUCGGCGAGGAAGUCGGUGACGAUGCGCACGAGUCGCACCCGCUCUUCUCGGAGAUGGAGGAGCUCGUCAAGGAUGGGGACGAGAUGGAAUGGAAGGAGACCGCCAGAUGGAUCAAGUUCGAGGAGGACGUCGAAGAAGGCGGCAAUAGGUGGAGCAAGCCUCACGUUGCCACCUUAUCGCUGCACUCACUGUUCGAGUUAAGGAGUCUCAUCUUAAACGGAACGGUCAUGCUCGAUAUGGAGGCGAUCAGUUUGGAGCAGAUAGCCGACCUCGUCCUCGACAACAUGAUCAACAAAGGAGUACUGCAGGUCGAGUUGCGAGAGAAGGUGAGAGAAGCCCUCCUCGUCAGACAUCGACACCAGCACGAAAGACGCAAAGACAAUAACAUGUCGAGGUUACCGAUCAUAAGAUCGUUAGCUGAGAUAGGACGCAACCAUUCCUCGUCAAAGAAUUGCGACUGUUCAUGUGGUAUGCAUGCCUUGUUGACGUCAGAUUUGCAGGAGCGUCGCGAACCCAAGGACACCUACGUACCCUCCGUCGCCCGCAGCAGCAGUUGCCCAAACUCGAACACGGCCCCGCUGUCGAAAGAGGCGAAAGACCUCAAAGGGCCAUACCUUCUGGUUCCAGUGGAGGAAUCGAAUUCCGCUCCGGCGAUCGCCGGCGCAACAAGUCAGGGCAGUGGAGCAGCGCUGAAUGCUGGUAGCCGCUUCCUUGCGAUACCCGGCAAUCCCGGCCAAGAGCCAGGCAGCAAUGGCAUGGACCGAAGUCCCAGCAGCAUAUCCAUCAGCAGGAAUCACAGCUCUUCUGCUUUGGAGAACGGGGAUGCUAAUCACAGGGGUAAUACACACUUUAUGAGGAAGAUACCAGCCGGCGCCGAGGCGAGCAACAUACUCGUGGGUGAGGUCGACUUCCUGGAUAAAACUCUGUCCGCUUUCAUUCGAUUGAGCCAGGCCGGGAUAAUGGGCGACUUGACAGAGGUGCCUGUGCCGACAAGAUUUAUUUUCGUCCUGCUGGGACCCAUGGGUAGGAACUCAGGUUUCGGCAGAGAGAUUGGUCGUGCCAUGGCGACUCUGAUGUCUGACGAAGUCUUCCACGACGUGGCUUACAAGGCGAAAAAUCGAAAUCAUCUCUUAGCUGGCAUCGACGAGUUCCUAGACGCCGUAACGGUAUUGCCACCCGGUGAAUGGGAUCCGACAAUUAGGAUAGAACCGCCAGCCGCUAUACCGUCGCAGGAAAUCAGGAAGAGGCCCAAGGAGGAGAAGCCUAAGGAGGAACUCGACGAGGAGGCUGACGAGCAAAAGCAGAGAGAGGAGUCCGGCCUUGCGAGAUCCGGGAGACUUUUCGGCGGACUGAUCAACGACGUGAAGAGAAAAAUCCCAUUUUAUUGGUCCGACUUUAAGGAUGCCUUGGCGCUUCAAUGCGUGGCGUCCUUCAUUUUCUUGUACUUCGCCUGCUUGUCGCCCAUCAUCACCUUCGGCGGUCUUCUCAGCGAGGCUACCGGCAAGAACAUGGCCGCUAUGGAAUCGCUGGUCUCUGGUUUUGUCUGCGGCAUAGGAUAUGGCUUCUUCUCCGGCCAACCACUGACUAUACUCGGUUCCACCGGUCCCGUCCUGGUUUUCGAAACAAUCGUCUACGAAUUCUGCAAACAGGUCGAUUGGAGUUAUAUGUCUUUCCGUUUCUGGAUCGGCACAUGGACCGCCCUCAUCCUAAUGAUCCUCGUGGCAAUAGACGCGAGUGCUUUGGUCUGUUACAUUACUCGUUUCACGGAGGAGAACUUUGCCACUCUUAUCGCCUUCAUCUUCAUUUACAAGGCCAUCGAGAAUGUGUUAUCGAUCGGCAAGAAAUUCCCCCUGAACACCCAUCCUAGUGAAACGUUGGGCUACGAUUGCUGGUGCAACCCACCAAACACCACUCUGCCAUCUAGUUACGACAACGUGAACUGGACGAUGCUGAAUCAGACAGCAUGCGAGAACUACAAUGGCACGAUGGUAGGCGAUGGAUGCAACGUGCCGCAUUACGUACCCGAUGUGUUUCUCAUGUCAAUUAUCCUAUUCAUGGGCACGUUCUUGCUAUCGGUGGAACUUAAAGAUUUCAAGAAUGCUUUAUUCUUUCCCUCGAAGGUGAGACAGGUGGUGAGUGACUUCGCGGUAAUAAUUGCGAUAUUCUCCAUGAGCACAUUGGAUCACUUUGUGGGCAUUCCAACACCGAAGUUAGAGGUGCCAGCGGAAUUUAAACCGACGUUGGAAGGACGAGGAUGGGUGAUUUGGCCUUUUCAGGAGAAUCCGUGGUGGAGUGCUGUUGUGGCGUGUCUCCCCGCUUUAUUGGGCACUAUAUUGAUCUUCAUGGAUCAGCAAAUCACGGCCGUUAUAGUCAAUAGGAAAGAGAACAAGUUAAAGAAAGGAUGCGGGUAUCAUUUGGACCUCUUCGUUCUGGCGAUACUGAUCGAGAUAUGCUCGGUGAUGGGACUCCCAUGGUUCGUCGCGGCGACAGUACUCUCCAUCAACCACGUGAACUCACUGAAAUUAGAAUCCGAAUGCGCCGCGCCGGGCGAGAAGCCGCAGUUUUUGGGCGUCCGCGAACAGAGGGCCACUCACAUACUGAUUUUCCUUAUGAUCGGUUGUUCGGUCUUGCUAACGCCGAUGUUGCGAAACAUACCGAUGCCGGUGCUGUUUGGUGUCUUCCUAUACAUGGGCGUCGCGUCGUUAAAGGGUCUUCAGUUCUUCGAUAGGAUUCUCAUCAUGCUGAUGCCCGUCAAGUACCAGCCGGACUAUAUGUUCCUGCGUCAGGUGCCGUUAAAGCGCGUACACAUGUUUACUGUGAUCCAACUAACCUGUCUCGCUUGUCUCUGGAUCAUAAAAUCCUUCAGCACCACUUCUAUUCUGUUUCCUUUAAUGCUUGUGGUGAUGAUCGGUAUACGCAAAUCCCUGGAUCUAGUGUUCACGCAACGCGAACUGAAGAUCCUCGACGACGUAAUGCCGGAGCCGAGUAAGAAGCACGCCGAUGAUCUUCGCAAGCUGGAGAACGGCGAGGAUGCGGCCGAGACGAUGGAAUACGGGCCCCCGGGCAAUAUUCAAAUCUCUUUGGCUAACGGAAACAUCAUGAAGAUCCCGCUGGCGAGUAUCAAUAUCAGCGAGGAGGUGAACAAGACUGGUAUCUGGCAGCAGGUCAACGAGGGCAACGAGAAGUCGAAGCAGUCUAAGUCACUGAUCAACAUGGGGAAGCAGAAGAAGCAUACAAAGAAGGACAACUCGUUGCUAGCCGAUGAGACGACGAGGCUGACGACAAUGACUGAGGAGGACGAGGAUGACAGUGGGAUCUCGAUCAAGGUGACAAACGUAGAUUUAAUACGAUCCAAGGAAAGCAUCAGUCCCUUGAAAGCGAAUGGCACUACCUCAGCCGAAACUUCUGUUUAACAUGAAGACAGCAGAAACGAGCGCACGUUGACGCGACACGCAGGCUUCUUCGAUCGAUCGUUUCGAGACUUUCGUCCACUUCAGUUCCUUCUCCGCAAUCUGCGUCCGUCUCUCUUUCGCGAAUCGUUUAUUCGGCCGACAAGGAACCUAUAGAUUAUCGCAUCAUCUAAUUUCACCGAGACUUUCAUUCUUAUUUGAGAAGUUAUAUCUCAUAUCUCACAUUUUGCGAUUAUCAUUGUUUAUAUUAUAUUUGUAUCGUAUUUGUCACAUGAUUGACACACGGUCCGCGCGAUCCUGGACUUUAUGCUAGACUCUGCACAGAGAAAAAUUUACUGCUAAGAGAAGCGAUUAUUCAGUUUGUUUUUCUUCUUUUAAGUAAUAGUUGUAAAUUCGACAAAGAAUUUUUUUAUGAUAAUCUUAAAAUAUACCGGUAACAAGUUUUAGGUAAGCUUACUGUGAUGUACUGAAAAGAAUUUAUUCUCUUUACAAGGAUAUCAUAAAAUUUUAUCGAUGAAACAGUUGAUUUGACUCUACGCAAAUAAGCAAACCGAAGUUUUAUCUUAAUUCAGUAUUCUUGAUUAAAAUACUAAACCUACUAGAAUUCAGAAUGUAUUUCGAAUAAAUUUGAUGCUUAUAAUGAGCUUAUGAUAGAUUUGCGGAUAUGUAAACUUAAAAAAAAUACUUAAAAUAGGUAACAUUUACUUGAAUGCAGUAUGUAUUUUUCUGUGUGUAAAUGAAAGUCAUCCAUACACAGAGUCUCAAUGUGCCUGUACAUAGAAGCGACUCAAUUCAAGAUUCUCGCCAAUUAAUAAUCGGGUAACUUUAUGAAGAUUCUUCUCUUAUCCUCGUGAAAGUAGUAAACAUUGUGUACGAGAAAUAUACCUUUAAGUCGCAGCGAAUUACCGCAAAGGACAAACUUGACAAAUACGAGAAAUGGGAGAAAAACGAUAUUUACAUACUGUGUAUUUUUUGCUGGUUAUUCGUGCGACAACUGAUUCCUUUUGUUAGAAUUACCCUCGAACUGUACGAGAAACUCUCUCGACGAGAGAGAGAGAGAAAGAGAGAGAGAGAGAGAAAGAGAAAGAGAGGAGGUGGAAUUCCAAAAUUCGACGUAAUAGAGACGUACGGGAUAGUUACAUAGUAGUUUUUACAUUCUAGUAACAACGGAAAAGAAAGUAUGAUAAAAUAUAAAAAUUUCAAAUACCACUGCGCCUCGAUCAAAUAACAAAAAAUGCUGGUCAAUGAGAGUCGUGGUGUUUACGAUUUACGUCAUUACCCAAUAAACACCAACUGACAGUAACAUUAAAUCAAUAUUAUAAUUUCCCACUCAACUAUAUACAACUGUAAUAUAAUACGCACGUUAUAUUAUAUUUAUAUUGUUGAAUGGGAAAUUGUGAUAUUGAUGUUAUAUUACUGAUAAUUAGUGUUUACUGAGUAGGCAUAUCUUCACGCUGGAACUCGUGAAAAGCGCACAUUUUUCGAAAUCGUAAGCGACACCAAAGAAAUAAAACAAGCAAAUAUUUACACGUCGUGUUAAAAAA